AUGUCCACUCCUCAAGUUUCCGUUGUUAGCCUCGAGGGUAAGGCUGCUUCUGCCUCCCUCUCCCUUCCAGCCGUCUUCCAGGCUCCUAUCAGACCAGAUAUCGUUCACUCUGUCUUCACCAGAGUCAACAAGAACAAGAGACAAGCUUACGCUGUCGCCGAGAACGCUGGUCACCAAACUUCCGCUGAGUCGUGGGGUACCGGUAGAGCUGUUGCCAGAAUCCCAAGAGUUGGUGGUGGUGGAACCCACAGAUCUGGUCAAGCUGCUUUCGGUAACAUGUGCAGAGGUGGACGUAUGUUCGCUCCAACCAAGAUCUGGAGAAGAUGGCACGUCAAGGUGAAUCUCAACGAGAAGAGAUACGCCACUGCUUCUGCUAUUGCUGCCACUGCUGUGCAAUCUCUUGUUUUGGCCAGAGGUCACAGAAUCGAGACCAUUCCUCAAAUCCCAUUGGUUGUCUCUUCCGACCUUGAGUCCGUUACCAAGACCAAGGAAGCUGUUGCUGUCUUGAAGGCCGUUGGUGCCCACAAGGACGUUGUCAAGGUCAUCAAGUCCAAGAAGGUCAGAGCCGGUAAGGGUAAGUUGAGAAACAGAAGAUUUGUCCAAAGAAGAGGUCCAUUGGUCGUCUACGCUGAGGACAAGGGUCUUGUCAAGGCUUUCAGAAACAUUCCAGGUGUCGAGACUUCUUCUGUCAAGUCCCUCAACUUGUUGCAACUUGCUCCAGGUGCUCACUUGGGUAGAUUCGUCAUCUGGACCGAGUCUGCUUUCGCUGCUCUUGACUCCGUCUACAGCGCCAAGGCCGGCUACUCCUUGCCAUCCAACAUCGUCUCCAACACCGAUGUUGCUAGAUUGAUCAACUCUGCUGAGAUCCAGGCCGUUGUUAGACCAGCUGGCCAGGCUACCCAAAAGAGAACUCACGUCUUGAAGAAGAACCCUCUCAAGAACAAGCAGGUUCUGCUCAGACUCAACCCAUACGCCAAGGCCUUCUCUGAGAAGAAGUUGGCUAACACCAAGGCUGAGGCUUCUUCUGCUAAGCCAUCCAAGGGUCAAUUCUUGGAUGUCCUGAGAAGUAACUAA